AUGAGGAAAACGAUAAAAAGAUUACAAGUCCCAAUACCAGGAGUACUAUUAAUUAGUUUGUCGGCAAUUAUAAGUUCGUUCAUCCACAUUCUUUCUAUUAAUGGUCUUUUCUAUAGAAGCAAAUCUUGGAAACGUUUUUUAGAUUUGGUGGAUAAAAUGGAAUAUAUAUCUUAUGUUAAAAUUAAUGUGGCAUACCAGGUUACCAAAUUCACGAUCAUAACAUUUAUAACAGUUUGGGCCCAACUAUUAGCUUUUCGGUUUUUAAUUCAAGAACUGAGUUUGGCUUCUAUUUUUGCAUGCGUAGUUUAUUCUAAAAUACUUCUUGAAGGAGUAUUUUUAACUACGCUCAUAUGGAUCGUAGCAAAUAUGUUGUCAAGAAGAUAUUGUCAUUUGACUGAAGUUUUAAAUAUAACAUUUCUCAAUAAAGAUCAAAACAAAUUGUUCUUUCAUAGAAGUGUUCUAAAAAUUAAAAAUGAUUUAUGGUUAUUACAUCAAGUUGUAGAGAAACUUAAUGAGCUAUCAGGAAAAAUUAUGUGGACGAUGUUUGCAGCAACAUUCAGCGUGGUAUUAUCAAAUUUCAAUUAUGUUUUAUUUUUGUCCGAUUCAAACACAAUUGGCAAUGUUCUAGAACAAUGUUUGCCAAUUCUAGCACAAAAUAUUGUAUUAAUGGAUAACCUAACCAAACUAUAUAAAGAGUUAAACCUUAAAGAAAAUCUUAAAGAUGCAGAUUUUCUUUAUUUGCAAGAAUAUUUUGAAACCAAUUGCUUAAACAGUAGAUUUUCUACAAGGAGACACACAUAUUUUGGAUAUUUAAUACCAAGUAUAACUUCUUUAAAGACGAAACUGAUUAAAGUUAAAUCAAGCAUGACCCUUAAUAGGAGUAUCAGCUUAAUUUUAGAACACAUAAUUAAUCGCGUCAAUGACAGAUUUAAACAGUACUUUGACCUUACAAAAACCAAAGCAAAAGAUGCAAUAAUUGCUGCAGCAACUUGUCCGACUAUUAAAUUUCAUCGCAGUUUGGAUUAG